GCUGCCAGUGACACGGAGCGGCGACGCGAGGACACCGUCGCAUCAGCGAGUGACCACAGCGGCACAGGGUCAGCAGUUCAGAAUGGCAACGCCCUGCACCGGUGGGCUGGAUGUGCUUCUGUCCACACUGAAGGACUCUGAACAUCUUGAAAGCACCUUGAAUAUUCUCAAUGUGUUGGAUGAGCUGCUGUCAGCUGGGACAGACAGAAGGAUCCACUACAUGAUCGCGAAAGGUGGCAGCGAGGCCCUCCUCACGGCCCUGGUGAGCGCUGCUAGGGCUCCAUCUCCCAAUUUUAGCAUGCUGGUGCCUGUGAUGCACCUCCUGGCCAAGGUUGGACACAGAGACAGAAACAUUGGCCAGAAGGCGGAGAAGAUGGAGGCUGUUCUUCUUACCCUGGAUUUGCUGAGGCAGAACGUGAAGCACGCCAGGAGGGCUGCGGCCUGCCUGUGGCUGCUACAAGUCUUCUGCUCAUCAAUUUCCACGGCAACCUUACUUGGCAAGAAUGGCGCUCUAGACAUUGUAUUCAAAUUAAUAUCCCCGUACACUACAAAACAUACUCGCAUGGUCAAGGCAGCAAUAGACACCCUAGCAGCACUUUUACAGUCACACGCCAACAGCAGGUGCGCCGUGGCUAAGGGCUACAUCUCGGGCCUGCUGAGGCUGUAUGAGGACUGGCACCACAGGGACAUGGGAAACGGCUACGUGACCAUGUGCAAAGCCCUCCUUCGCUGCCUACAACAUGCCACCAACACAUCAGCGGCUAGGGCUGCCGUCGUGGCUGAAGGGGGCAUGGGCCUGCUCUUCCACACCACACAGUCCUGCUUGGACAAUAAGGGUCUGGAGUCUCUGGUGGACGCAGCUGUCCAGCUCAUGAGGAAGUGCUACCCAAAGUGCCCCGUGCCCCUCCGCUCAGGCUACAGUGCCUACAUGUUCCCCCUGCCAGGGAGGCCUGUCCCUGACUGCAUCAUGACAUCAGAGCCCCAAGAAUACAGCUCUGAUGAUGACAGCAAUGAUGGCAACAGAAACGAUGACCAGAGCAGCAGGGACUACGAUGAUGACCUCGAGACAGACCUAAAAAAGCUGCGUGUGAAACCGGAACCAGACCGACCCAUGGAGGAGCUGGGCCAGUAUGUGGAGUUGUGUCCAGAGUUGCACUGUGAUUUUCAGGAUUUGGACUCAGGCUCUGAGGAAGAGGAGAGCUCAGACGAAGAGAUUUUACUCUGCGGCAAGCUCAGCCAUGAAGGCAGGAACCAUGAGGGCAAGAGAGAGAUGGGUUAUGUUCACGGAUAUAGAAAUUCCACUUUUAAGAGCGCACCCAGAGGCCUCAUAGACCAGGAGCGAGAUGGCCUUACAGACCAUCUCAGAGCCAGAGACCUCCACAACCACUACCUGAACAGCUACAAGGCCAAGGAGGACACACCUGGAAUGGUGGACAGGUUACUUGAGAAGCAUGGCCCAUGCAUCCCCCAUCACGACCCACGCACAUAUGCAGCUGCCGCUGCACGCACAAACUCUGUGGCAGGAUACUCCAUCCUGGCCUUCCCUGAUUUCUGGGGCCAUCUUCCACCCUGCUGCCAAGAGCUGAUGGCAGAAAGGAAGCCAAAGGUGCAAAGAGAGAGAGUUUUUGAAGAUAUUCUACGCUAUCUGCACCCUGAGGAUCUUAUUAAUAAGGUUGUGUUUGAUUUGGAAGACCCCAGCUCCCAGGUGAACUCAGAACACUCCGGCUCGCUCCGCUUCUUCUCUAAGUUUGAGAGUGGGAAUCUGCGCAAGGCUGUUCAUGUCCGCAGCCACGAAUAUGACCUCAUUCUAAACGCGGAUGCUAACUGCUCCCAGCACCACCAGUGGUUCUACUUUGAAGUCAGUGGAAUGAAAGCAAAUGUUCCCUAUCGUUUCAACAUUAUCAACUGUGAGAAAGCCAACAGCCAGUUCAACUAUGGGAUGCAGCCUGUUCUGUACUCUGUGCGGGAGGCGCUAGAGGGCAAGCCUCACUGGGUGCGAGCUGGCAGCAACAUUUGCUACUACAGAAACCAUUUCUGCCCAGUUCACAAUCAGAAUGGCUCCAGCUCUGCUUACUACACUUUGACCUUCACGGUGACCUUCCAGCAUACUGAUGAUGUCUGCUACCUAGCCUAUCACUACCCUUACACCUACUCUGCGCUUCAGAGUCACCUUCAGCAGCUGCGGAAGUCUGUGGAUCAGCGGAAGGUCUUCUUCCAGCAGCAGAGCCUGUGCAACACGAUAGCGGGGAACCCAUGCCCCCUGGUCACCAUCACUGCCUGCCCACCGUCGCGCAGCUGGAGAGACCUGCAGCAGCUUCGUAACCGGCCCUACGUGGUACUGACGGCGCGAGUACACCCGGGGGAAAGCAAUGCCAGCUGGGUGAUGAAGGGUACCCUGGAGUUCCUGUGCAGUGAUGAUCCUGCAGCAAAGACUCUGCGAGAGGCCUACAUCUUCAAGAUCAUCCCCAUGCUCAACCCAGAUGGGGUCAUCAAUGGCAUGCAUCGCUGUUCGCUGAAUGGAGAAGAUCUCAAUAGGCAGUGGAUGAAGCCUGAUCCCAACCUGAGUCCUACAAUCUACCACGCCAAGGGCCUCCUCUACUACCUCAAUACCACAGGCCGGAGUCCACUGGUGUUCUGUGAUUAUCACGGCCACUCAAGAAAGAAGAAUGUUUUCCUGUAUGGCUGCAGUGUGAAGGAGACUCUGUGGCAGUCCGGUUCUGCAGUCGACACUGCCUCUUUGAAGGAGGAUCCAGGAUACCGGACGAUCUCCAAGACCUUGGACCGUAUUGCCCCCGCGUUUGCCUUCAACAGCUGCAACUACCUGGUAGAGAAGUCACGGGAGGCAACAGCGCGGGUGGUCGUAUGGCGGGAGAUGGGGGUUCUCAGGAGCUACACUAUGGAGAGCACCUACAAUGGCUGUGACCAGGGCAUCUUCAAGGGCCUGCAGAUUGGCACCCGAGAGCUGGAGGAGAUGGGAAUGAAGUUCUGCCAGAGUCUGCUGUCUCUAAGGAGGAGCACUAUGCUGUACAACAGAAAGCUCAUCAGUCAACCCUGCACACUCUACGAUCUGGAUGACAAACUUCAGGAUCAUAAGUCCCACAACUCCUUUGAGGAUGACGAACCUCCAUGCGUUGAAGAGAUUGAGUAUCUGAAUGACUGCUGCCCAGAGUACAAUGAAGACAUGCUGGACCAGGAAGUCAACAGCAAUGCAUUCAGCUCAGAGGAUGAGGAAGAGAAUGACAAGCCCAGAAGUAGCCUGCAACAUCCUGAGCGCAAGCCUCGGCUCAUUCCCUGCUUCAUGCACCGCACCUCUCUUGAAGCACUGAGUGUCAAGAGGAGUUCGUGCCAAAGCAAUGACAUUACCAAUAAUACUUAAAUUAGAGAUUACGUCUGAGACUUCAUAAUAUCUUUUUCAUUGUCUGCCUGUCUAUGUGUUAGUUUGA